AUGCAUCAACGCCACCAACAAGGGUUUAAUCUCCCGUGGUCUCAUCAUAGCGAUGACACGACAUUCCGCCUCUCACUCAAUCAACAACUCCACAACACUGAAUACUCACGCCCUGUUCGAAACAUGUCUGAAGCAAAGAACAUCAUCAUCACCGGCGCUUCCGGCCUCGUCGGCCCGCUCCUGGCCUCCCGCCUCCUCAACUCCCCAGAAUACCGCCUCGUCCUCACCGACCUCCACCCCCCCAUCCUCCCCCCCAACGUCACCCACCCCUCCAACGCGACCCUCCUCCAAGGCGACAUCACCUCCCCUGCCUUCAUCACCACCCUCCUCACCGCCGCCCAGCCCCUCCACGCAAUCUUCCUGUUCCACGGCAUCAUGUCCGCCGGAUCGGAAGAAGACUACGACCUCUCCCUCAAAGUAAACGUCGACUCGAUCCGCCUCAUCACCGACCAGCUCCGCCUCACCAAUCCCGGCUGCCGCGUCAUAUACGCCUCCUCCCAAGCGGUAUUCGGACAGCCCCUACCCCAGGGAAAAAUCACCGACGACGUGCUGCCCACGCCGGAAAGCACCUACGGCUGCCACAAGCUCAUGACGGAGUCGUACCUCACCUCGCUGCACAGAAAGGGGUUUCUGGACGUGUUUAUUGCUCGGUUUCCCACCAUUAGUGUCAGGCCGGGGAGGCCGACGGCUGCGGCGUCGAGCUUCCUGUCGGGGAUUAUAAGGGAGCCGAUGAGGGGGGUGGAGUGUGUGGUCCCGAUUGAGGACAGGGGUUUCAAGAGCUUUUUGGCUUCGCCGAGGACGAUAGCGGAGAAUCUGGUUAGGGUUUUGGGGUUGGGGAGUGGGUGUUUGCCUGUGCAUAGGAGGGUGAUUCAGUUUCCAGGGGUGAGUGUUUCUGUUCAGGAGAUGAUGGAUGCGUUGGGGAAGUUUGGCGGGGAGGAUAAGUUGGGGUUGGUGAAGGAGGUGCGGGAUGAGGGGUUGGAAAGGAUUUUGAGGAGCUGGCCGACGGAUUUUGACUUGAGCACGGCGGAGAGGUUGGGGUUGGUGGUUGAUGAGGGGCCGGGGGCGGAGGGGAUUGUGGGGGAGUAUGUGAGGAGUUUGGGGAAGGUGUAA